GAGGAGGAGACGUGCUCGCGCUUGCGCCGCGCGGGGACGAGCACGUAAUCGCCGGGCGCGCGCGCGAGCGAUUGGUGACUCCUCAGCUUGGACAAGGGAGACGCGGCGAGAGUUAUGUCUUACUCAAGAUUCAAUUUUCUAUUAGAAAAGAUCUGCCUACUAUAGUUGCUGUGAGUGCAAGGGAUCAGGAUGUUUGAAUUGGCAAUUCCAGAGAACCAUAUGAAAUGUGUUAAGGUGCCACUUCUGUUUGUUCAUCGGGAUCAUCAGGAUUUAGUCUGUGUGUUGGCUGCUUCUGAAAUCUCCUUGAAGAAACUCUGAAUUAAGCAUCAAAGCAGCCGUCUUCACUAAUUAGGCUAUGGACCGUUUGGGCUCCUUUAGUAACGAUCCUUCUGAUAAGCCACCUUGCCGAGGCUGCAGCUCCUACCUCAUGGAACCUUAUAUCAAGUGUGCCGAAUGUGGACCACCUCCGUUUUUCCUCUGUUUGCAGUGCUUCACUCGAGGAUUUGAAUAUAAGAAACAUCAAAGUGAUCAUACUUAUGAAAUAAUGACUUCAGAUUUUCCUGUUCUUGACCCCAGCUGGACUGCUCAAGAAGAAAUGGCCCUUUUGGAAGCUGUGAUGGACUGUGGCUUUGGAAACUGGCAGGAUGUAGCAAAUCAGAUGUGCACCAAGACCAAGGAAGAGUGUGAGAAGCACUAUAUGAAACAUUUUAUCAAUAACCCUUUGUUUGCAUCCACCCUGCUGAACUUGAAGCAAGCAGAGGAGGCAAAAACUGCUGACACAGCUAUUCCAUUUCACUCUGCAGAUGACCCUCCCCGACCUACCUUUGACUCUUUGCUUUCUCGGGACAUGGCAGGAUACAUGCCAGCUCGAGCAGAUUUCAUUGAGGAAUUUGACAACUAUGCAGAAUGGGACUUGAGAGACAUCGAUUUUGUUGAAGAUGACUCAGAUAUUUUACAUGCUCUCAAGAUGGCUGUAGUAGAUAUCUAUCAUUCCAGAUUAAAGGAGAGACAAAGGCGAAAAAAAAUUAUAAGAGAACAUGGACUAAUCAAUCUUCGAAAGUUUCAAUUAAUGGAAAGGCGAUACCCCAAAGAAGUGCAAGACCUUUAUGAAACAAUGAGGAGGUUUGCAAGGAUUGUGGGCCCAGUGGAGCAUGACAAGUUCAUUGAAAGCCAUGCAUUAGAAUUUGAACUCCGGAGGGAAAUCAAGAGGCUCCAGGAAUACAGAACAGCAGGCAUUACCAAUUUUUGUAGUGCCAGAACCUACGAUCACCUCAAGAAGACUCGCGAGGAGGAGCGCCUUAAACGCACCAUGCUCUCUGAAGUUCUCCAGUAUAUCCAGGACAGUAGUGCUUGCCAGCAGUGGCUUCGACGGCAAGCUGACAUUGAUUCCGGCCUGAGUCCUUCCAUUCCAAUGACUUCAAAUUCAGGUCGACGAAGUGCACCACCUUUAAACCUCACUGGCCUCCCUGGAACAGAGAAGCUGAAUGAAAAAGAAAAGGAGCUUUGUCAGAUGGUGAGGUUGGUCCCAGGAGCCUAUUUAGAAUACAAGUCUGCUCUAUUGAAUGAAUGUAACAAGCAAGGAGGCUUGAGACUUGCACAGGCAAGAGCACUCAUCAAGAUAGAUGUGAAUAAAACCCGGAAAAUCUAUGAUUUCCUCAUCCGAGAAGGACACAUCACUAAAGCUUGAGGCCCUAUGGACUUGGAGUCAGACAUCAAAACUUCGGAAUAUGGUGGGACCAUGGGCAGCCUGAGCAUUCUGCAAGGUUUUUAAGCUGAAAUUCCAUUGUGAACAGAGGGUAAGGUAGCCAGAAGGCAGCUUGAAACAUAGAGCACAGAGCUUGCAUGUGUGAGGCUCUAGAUUUAAUUCCUGGCACUGCAUAUGCUAGAAUGGUGCUCUGGCCUCAAAAAAGAUUUUUAAGAGGGGAAGGACAAAGGAAAACCUUCAGCUGUAUUGAUGUCUACUUUCUUCUCAACCCUGCUUUUAAAACACUCCUGUUGUUGGUGUUGUACUGCAGAAUUAUGUGCUGGAUAAGCUAUUAUUAAAUGUGAGUAGGCAUUCAUUUCUAACACCUCUUGUAACUAAAAGAAGAACCAUAGUACCUCACAUCACAGUGUUGAUAGAAAUAGAACUAAACCACAGUGGUUAGUCCCAGGAAUCCAGCUCAGAUCUUUGUAUUCGGAAGGCUCGGUUUCUGAUUGUUUUGCCUUCAACAUUACAGCGAUUUAAAGAGCAUGUGGAAACUUCCUCUUUCUUGGUAAGGGUUUUUUAAAUCAGCAGUUUAUGUUUGUGACCAUAGUAGAGGGAAAUUUUUCCCCAAUGAUCUCUUUCCAAACUGCAUCUUUAACUUUAGUGUCUGGCUUUGUACUUUACAGUCUGGCUGUCUAAUCUGCAGUAGGCUUUGAAGGAGGUGGCACUGGAUAUAAAAUGUCUCUGUUAUUUUUAGAAUUAAUAGAUUAAAAUGUGUUGCUGUUUAA